AUGGCCCACUCAGACCUCAAGGAUGUCCCACCGCCAUCAGCAGAUGAGGUAUUGUUCACAGACGGGAGCAGCUAUGUGCAGGAAGCAAUCAGGCACCAUAGCACAGAUGGUAUUACUGAAGAUUGGUGUCAUAUAGAAGGGUCCCUGGGGUUACGGGACAGCUACGGGGGAAUGGGGACUACAAGGGAAAAGGACUCAGGUCUCGGACACUGUCCCGGGCGCUCUGCCCGCGCAGCUGUCAGCUACGCAGGGCAGCUCCCAUCGCAGCUGGUGAUGGUGCGGACCUCGGGCUCCAGGUUCAGCCUCAUCCUCCUGGUCCUGGCUCUGCUGCCAGACUGCCCCCGGGCAGCCGACUGUCCCUUGCUGCGUGGAGGUGCUAUCUCUCUUGGCUAUAAAUUCACCAUCACUCCUAGUGGACAACCGUGGUGUGAAAUUCAAGGCCAGGCCAAUGGAAACACGUUUUUUAGCUUUACCUGUGGUAGCAAGCAGGUCAAACUCAUCAAUAUUCAGGAGACAAAGAGGAAUGACACAGAGGCCUGGAAUCAGCAGAGAGACACUCUGAAAUAUGUGAUGGAAGAGCUAAAAAAGAAACUGCUUGAAGUUAGAGCAGAGAAGAGUGCAAUUAGCAAUUCUCUCUUUCUACAGGGAAACAUAAAAUGCGAAGAAUCCAGUGAAGAUCGAAUGGCAUAUAGUGACUUCGGAUUAAAUAAAUACACAUCUGUCCGCUUGAACUCUGACACUAGAAGCUGGAUCGUGUUGAAGGAUGAAGGCAGAAUGUUAAAGGAGAUAUUGGCAAGUGACAGAGCUAUGACCGAUCUCCUUGUGAAGACCUCAGCUGGAGACUGUAGGAUGUGGCUUAAACAAGUUUUGUGUCACCAGGAUGGAGUUCUGAGCACUAAAGGUAACUCUGCACAAAGAAUGAAGUCAUGGUCUCUUGAAUUGGCAUCAACACUGUUUGUGUCUGUUCGUUGUGCGUGGUUUGAGAAAGUUAUUCAUGCAUGA